AGUAGGUUUUUCUCCUCGAGCAAGUGAGAUAUUCUAGGCUUUUCCUUUGGUUCCCUAUCAGAGGAGGAUUAGCCUGUGGCAACUAUCCAGAUCUGGAGAGGGAAGGUGCUUUCUACUAAUGAAAACGUUGGUGAUUUUGGAUUCUCAACUUCUCAGUCUCAAGGGAAACAGUGGAACUUAGAAAGCUUCAAAGCAGUCCAGAUCAAAGGGAGAGCUGUCAUUGCUGAGAGGAAUUUGCUGGACUUUUGGCUACUUUCUUUGUUUGGAAGGAAAGUGAGAUAUCUUCAAAAUGCUACCGGUAAAACAAAAACGACGGAGAAAGGCCUCCCAUGAAAACCUAGAACAGAUAGAAAAAGAGAAACAAGCCAUUGCUGAAGCUGAGUUACAGAAGCUCAAGCAGAAGUUCAAGAAGAUGGUGAACAAUCGCAGGUCUUUUGAUGUCAAGUCUCAACAUCACAUAGAGAACCAACAUAAAGCGAUAAGCGUCCUACAAGCGGAGCAAGAUGAGAUCACACUGCUUUUGAGACUUAUAAGAGCACCCAAGAACUUGGAGCUGGAUGAUAAAAAUUAUACUGAACUUAAAUUUUUGCUACAAACCAAGGAUGAAUAUGAUGCUUUAAUUAAGGCAAUGAAAUCACUGAUAACAGAACUGGAUGACAAGAUAGCGGACAUAGACAACAAAAUCUUUAAACAAAAACGGACUCUGGCAAAAAUGAAUGAAGUCCAAAACCCCCGAAAGUUACGAAAGCAAAUUUCUGUUCUGGAGACCCAUUUGAAUCAGGUCACUAUCCAGUUUGACACGAUGCUAACCACCAAUUCCAAAGUCCGGCAAAACAUAGAGGAUCUGCGGUUUGAGAAGGCAGCAUAUGACAAUGUCUACCAGCAGCUCUUUCGUCGGCUUCAGAUGCAAAGGAGAACAUUGAAUGUGGCCAUUGAGCAGUCUACGCAAGCUUACAACCAGCGGCUAGAAGCCCUGGCCCGUAUAUCUGCCAUGAAGGAUCGACGAAAAAAAGACAUCUCUCAAUUCAAAACGGAGAUGAGGGAGCUGGAAAGGAUUCAUGACCAUGAAGUAAAGUUGAAGGCUUUCUUUCUCAUCAAACUUAUGGAUCGGAGUGAUUUUGAGGAACAAGCCAAAAAGGAAGAAGCUCUUAAGGCCAGCAAGCCCUUCAAGAAGUCCAAGAUAGAGAGCUUCCAGAGUUAUGAGGUAGCCCACAUGCGUCUGCUCAAACUUUCGGACUAUGGAAACCUGGACAAACUGGUGGAUGACUUCCUGGCGGAGGAGGAGAAGAAUUUUGCUCGGUUCAACUACGUCUCAGAACUGAACAAUGACAUGGAGAUGCUGCAGAAGAAAAUCCAGAACAUUCAGGACGAAAUUCACCUGUUGAGAUCUCAGAAGAAUGAUUUUGAUGAAGAAGGCGAGGAUUCAAUGAGGGAUUUGCAGGUAAGAACAGCUGUGGCUACUUGAGGCCAGUUAAGAGUC